AUGAUAAGCAUCUAUUUCAACAAAACUGGCUAUCAUUCAAACGAAGACACAGGGAACCAGUUAUUGAGUGAAGAUAUUCGCGCUGUUAUCGAAAUCGUCAACUACGUUUUCAUCUGCACCAUUUUCUCGCUCUUCGGCAUCGUCUCCAACAACAUCAACAUCGUCGUCUUCUACAAGCAGGGCCUCAACAGCAGCAUCAACAUCAGCUUCCUAGCUCUGGCUGUCUCCGACCUCUGCAGUCUUGUCACGCUACUCUGGUUCAACAUCCGCGCCAACCCGUACAUCGUCAACUCAGAUCUCCCCAUCGUGGCGUCUGAGUUCGUACACCUGACAGGUGGGUUCCCUCACGCCUGUUUUGCCCGUAUCACCUGUCUGAUCACCACCUACGUCACCGCUGAACGCUGUUUGUGUAUCACCUUACCAUUGACCGUCAAGCGACUCAUCACUCCCAGACGAACGACCGUCAUCAUCUUCUUCAUCUACGCUCUCCCCUUGACCUCACUAGCUCCAGAGUACCUCUCUAUGUACAUAGACUGGAAGUUCUACCCGGAUAAAAACAUAUCCCUGCUUGGUCUCGUCCCCACCACAAACUACGACAAACUCUCCGGACUAACCUUCCUUCUCUACGCCGCGUACAUACUCGUAUCGUUCUCCGCUUUAAUUAUUUUCACGAUUACUUUAAUCAUUACUUUAAGAAGAAAAACAAAAUGGAGAAAAGUAUCGAUACACGAAAUUAAACAGUCCGAUACUCUAUCAACCCGAGACCAAAAAACCGUCACCAUGGUGAUCGUUAUAGCCAUCGUCCUUCUCGUCUGCUACACGCCCUCUGUCGUCAUCAACAUAGCCGUCUACACCGCCCCAGGUUUUAACGUCGUGGGCAAGUACUCCAACAUUUUCUUCGUUACCUGGUCCUUUGGGUUCGCCAUGGACGCCUUCAACUCCAGUGUGAGCAUGGUGCUCUACUACAAGAUGAGUUCUAAAUAUAGAACAACUUUACAUGAGCUGUUUGCCGGGUGCAAGCCAAACAACGGAAAGCAAGUAGCUUGA